AGUCACAUUGAUCAGACAACAACAUGGCAAGAUCCUAGGAAGGCCAUGCUUUCCCAGAUGAAUGUUACAGCUCCCACCAGUCCUUCCGUGCAGCAGAACAUCAUGAACUCGGCAUCAGGCCCACUCCCCGAUGGAUGGGAACAAGCUAUGACCCAGGAUGGAGAAAUUUACUACAUAAACCAUAAGAACAAGACCACAUCUUGGCUAGACCCAAGGCUUGACCCACGCUUUGCCAUGAAUCAGCGAAUCAGCCAAAGUGCCCCAGUGAAACAGCCACCCCCUCUGGCUCCUCAGAGUCCCCAGGGUGGUGUGAUGGGUGGGAGUAGCUCCAAUCAGCAACAACAGAUGAGACUUCAGCAGCUGCAGAUGGAGAAGGAAAGGCUGAGACUGAAGCAUCAAGAACUGCUGCGGCAGGCAUUGCGGAAUAUCAAUCCCAGCACAGCAAAUUCUCCAAAACAUCAGGAAUUGGCUCUCCGAAGCCAGCUUCCAACGAUGGAACAAGACAGCGGAUCUCAAAAUCCCGUGUCAUCUCCUGGAAUGUCUCAGGAACUAAGAACAAUGACUACAAAUAGUUCUGAUCCCUUUCUUAACAGUGGAACAUAUCACUCCAGAGAUGAAAGCACAGACAGUGGACUUAGCAUGAGCAGUUACAGCGUACCCAGAACCCCCGAUGACUUCCUGAACAGUGUUGAUGAGAUGGAUACAGGUGACAGUAUCAGCCAAAGCAACAUACCAUCCCAUCAGAACCGUUUCCCAGACUACCUUGAAGCCAUUCCAGGGACAAAUGUGGACCUUGGGACACUGGAAGGAGAUGGGAUGAAUAUAGAAGGAGAAGAACUGAUGCCAAGUCUGCAAGAGGCUUUGAGCUCUGACAUCCUUAAUGACAUGGAAUCUGUCUUGGCAGCCACCAAGCUAGAUAAAGAGAGUUUUCUUACUUGGUUAUAGGAGCCUCAGGGAGACUGAAUUCUAAAUCUGUGAAGGAUCUAAGGAGAAUAGGACAUUUGUAUCUGAAGUUCAGAACAAGCCAGUGUGGCACACUUUGGCUUAUGUUCAGAAAAAGUAAAUGAACAAAUACUCAACAAGAUUCUUUUGUUUUGCUCUUCCUUGUCCAUCGCUGCUGUUAUAUAUUGCUGACUUUUUUCCACAGUUGACUCUGAAGAACAGACAUCUUCUUGAUCUUUUUCUAUUGCUGUUGCAACUACUGUUCAAGGGGGGUGGGGAGGGAUGAUGAACCUAUUUGGAUGACGAAUGCCAUUCCUUUUGUCCUAGUGUGUGCUUGCAUAUCGUUUUAUCUUAAGUACUCAGAUUUGAGAGUUAAUUUCUGCAUGUCACUGCUCGUAGUUCGCUCAGCUAGUUGUCUCCUGCUGCCUGUGGCAAGUGGUAAAACAUGACGUAUUGGAGUGACAAGCCAAAAAUGAUGUAUCUGGUCAAAAGAAGUCAAUACUGAUUUGGAGAUAUGACUUAAAGGAGGGCUGAAGACUGUAUGGCAUUAAGUGUUUCUACUAGUAGCUCUUUCAUUAGUCACACAGUGCUCUUGUUCAUAUUUUAUGUUAUAGUAAAUCAUGAGUCAUUUUACAUAGAAACAUAUAUGAACUUUGAUUGUUGCCACAUAUUCUAGCCUAACUUUUGUUUGUCAAAAAUAGUUUGAUUAUUUUUGUUAGUUGGUUUAACUGUAGCUGUAGGAUGGGAAGUAAUUAUAGGUGUUCUUUUUUUUUUUAAUAGUGAAAUCUAAGAGUUUUUUCUGAUUUCACAUAGUCUUAUUUAAAUCUGAAUUGUCUGCUUUUUUUAUACUUAAAACAUGCCUAUUGUAUCCUGAUAAGCUAGUGAGUACAUAAAUCAGUAUGUUUUGCCUGUAACUUUUUUUAUUUUUUUAAAGGCUAGCUUUGAAUGUAAUCAUUAGAUUUCAUGACCA